GGAUUUGUUUGGAUUCAACGUCACAGAAUCCGAUGAGUCAUCGUGCGGAGCCAUAUUCCACGCACUGGACUGGCACAGGCGGUGGGCAGUCCGUGUGUCGGCACUUCUUGCAGGGCAAAUGCACGUUCGGUGAGGCCUGCAGCUUCAAGCACGAAGGGAGCGCACCAGGCGCAAUGCCCGUCCAAGGGGUCCAGAUGGACGAUGAGAGGCCUGUCUGCCGGCAUUUCCUGGAAGGGAGGUGCACCUAUGCUGAUGCUUGCCGCUUCAGCCACCAAGCGCCCGAAAGCGCCAGCGCCGGCGGCGGAACCUGGAAAAGCCCAGAAGGACUGGCGCCGAGUUCCGGUGAUGACAGGCCUGUCUGCCGGCAUUUCCUGGAAGGGAGGUGCACCUAUGCUGACGCUUGCCGCUUCAGCCACCAAGCGCCUGAAGGCCCUGGACCAGCUCCGAAUGCGGACGACAGGCCAGUCUGCCGGCAUUUCCUGGAAGGGAAAUGCACUUACGCUGAAGCUUGCCGCUUUAGCCAUGAUGCCCCAGGAUUCCAACCACCAGGCAGUGAUUUGGGGCACAAGCCGGUGGACGGCCAAAGGCCAGUUUGCCGGCAUUUCCUGGAAGGAAAGUGCACCUAUGGUGCUGCUUGCAGCUUCAGCCAUGAGGGCAUCCCCAUGACCGCGAGUUUCGCAGGCCCGAGCCCUGCAGUGAACGCCGAUGAGAGGCCUGUGUGCCGGCAUUUCCUGGAAGGAAAGUGCACCUUUGGUGAUCUUUGCCGCUUCAGCCAUGAUGCCCCAAGAGGACCCAUCUUCAAUAGCCAAGGGGCCGAAAAAACGGCGGUGGCUGAUGACAGGUCUGUGUGCCGGCAUUUCCUCGAAGGAAAGUGCACCUUCGGUGAUGCUUGCCGCUUCAGUCAUGCCCUUCCAGGUGCCCAUUCCUCAUGGGGCUUCCCAGUGGACGAGAGGCCAGUUUGCCGGCAUUUCCUGGAAGGAAAGUGCACCUACGGCCAUGACUGCCGCUUUAGCCAUGAUGCCAUGGCAGGGCGUCAAGAACCAUGGCGUGCUCAACCAGCUCCGAUGAAGCCACUGCCCUUGCCCUUUAGGCUUGGAUCUGGAUUGGAUGGCAUCACCAUAGGACUCCAGCUAUGGGCCAGUAAGGACUUCCCCAAAGGCGCGGCGUUUAGCGCGAUCGAUUCCGGGAAGGAGGAGACCGUGCGGCUUGAGCGGCCCGAGCCAGGCGUUUCUGGAACACAGGGCCUGUGGGAGACAGUUGACAACGCAGGGGACAGGGGAGGGUAUAGAAGACAGAGCCAGCAUUGCAACUGGACUGUAUUCUUACAAGAUGAAGACCUGAGUGAAGAUCUGAUACUCCUUGGAGAUGCGCAGAACAUAGCGGCGCGGUCCGGCCCUCACUUCGUCGGCGCUGGCGAAUUGGGUGAUUGGAAGAACGGAGUGGAAUUCCCACAAGAGGAAGGUUCGGUGGUUUUUUGUGGCUGUCCUUCGUCCCAAAAGAAUUCUUGGAAUUUGGGGCUUGGAGCCGCACUUGGGUGGUACAGCUCUGGCAUGGCAUGA